AUGCCGUCUAAUCCAAGCUUGGGCUGGGAAUGUCUUCAGGAUGUUUUUUAUCGCUCAAGGGAAUGCUUUCAAAUGCAAUGGGAUACAGAUUCAUCCCGGCCAGCAUCAUAUAUAAGCUCAUCUGAUUUCAAUGUUUCAAUUGCACCAAAUGGAUGCUACAUAGCUGUUGUGUCACUAAAGCACGAUGAACAAGCAUACUCUAUUGAUAUCUUUUCCGCCUCUGGAACGCCAAUAAACUCGAUCCCCUGGUUAAAUUCUAUUGGAACGGUUGUAUCCAUAGGUUGGACGCAUGAUUGCUGUCCUAUUAUAGUUCUGAAUUCCGGAAAAUACAGAAUUUAUCAUGAUAUCAAGUCUGACUUUGACGAAUACGAUAUUUCAUCCAAUAGCGACAUAAUUUCGGCUCAGUUUUUUACAGACUUUUUUGCAGCUAUGGCUUCAGAUGGGGAAUUCCAUUUCAUUACAAACUUUGAUAAUCCAUCGGGGUUCACUCUUAACAGUGCCAAAUCAGAUGACGAGAUAUCGGAUUUAAAGAUUACUGCUUCUGAUAUACAUUCCUGGGUGGUAAUUCCCCAUUCCAGAAAUCAUGGAACACUAAGAGUUGCUGCCUCCAUAUCAGAAAAGAUUUGUAUCUGGGAUCAGGCAUCACCAGAUUUAACGGAAUCAGUUGACAGGGAGUGUUCCUACAGCCUAAUGGCGGUGUCUCCAAAUAAUGAAUUAAUUGCACUUUAUUCGUACAUGCAAGGGGAAAUUACUAUAUGUACCACAGAUUUCAAGCACACUCUAAACGUCCAGAAGCUAGAUACACCAAUGAAACCAUCAGAAAUAUGUUGGUGUGGAAACGAUGCGGUUGUGAUUUCAUAUCCAGAUGAAUUGAAGUUGAUCGGGCCCACGAAAGAUAUUUUGAGCUUUUACACUAAUUCAAGAUCUGUAAUAAGAUCUGAAGAGGAUGGCGCAUUUUUUUUAACGGACAGCACUCUUGGUUUGAUAUCCAGAGUCUCUAAAGUAACCUCCAAUGUGUUCAAGAUUGGUUCUACUGCACCAAGUGCAAUUCUUUUGGAUGCAGUGGAUUUACUUGAUAAUCACUCCCCAAGAGCCAAUGAGAACAUUGAAAUUAUUGCAGAUAACCUAGAAGAAGCAAUAGAUGGAUGUAUUGAUGCUGCAGCUGAGGAGUUUGAGCCUUACUGGCAGAAGAGGUUACUUAGAGCUGCUUCACUAGGAAAGAUUUCGUUGAGAUUCUAUAAUCCCGAUAAAUUUGUCCAUAUGUGUACCGUGCUCCGGAUUUUGAAUGUACUUAGACAGCCUGAGAUUGGGAUCUUCCUCACAUAUUCACAGUAUGCAAAGCUUGGCGUGAACUAUAUCUUAAGGCUUCUUCUUCUUAGAGACUUACACUACUUGUGCAUCAAGAUAGCAGAUGCCUUGGAUAUCUCAAAGGAUGAUAUUUACUUACAUUGGGCAUCGGCCAAGAUUAGAGCAUCCCCUGAUAUGUCCGAGAAGAAGCUCGCAUCUGUAAUAAUUGACAGACUUAAGAAUAAGCAUGUAUCGUUUGCAGAAUUGGCUAUGGUUGCUUAUCAGGAGGGAAGAGGGCAACUCAGCGUUAAACUACUUAAUCAGGAAGAGCAGACCUCGAGAGCAAUUCCACUUUUGCUCAAUAUGGAGCAGGAUGAGUAUGCUCUUUUAAAGGCGGAUGCAGAUGCUGACGUGGAUUCAAUUUGCUACGUUUUGCUUUAUUUGUACAGUAAGACAAACUUCACUCGACUGUUUAAACUCCUGGAUGGUAAGACAAACGCAAUAGGAGUAUUUAAAGAGAACUUCUCGCAGAUUGAUGAUCACAUAUUAUAUGACUAUUAUUAUCAGGAUGAUUAUAUUCCUGGGUUGGCUAUUCUUGAUCUUCAACGGUUUGUACGGAAGGAUAAGUCGGGUGCUUCUCUAGAAUCAAGAAAGGCUGAUCUUUUAAAGGCUUCCAGGGUGCUACUGCGGUCCAAGUCUACCUUAUUUGAAGGAGAAGCAUUGAAAAAUAUGACAGCAUUAAUUGAAUACCAGGCAGAACUCUACAAUCAGGAGAGUAUCCCUACUUCAAAGUAUGAACCGGUCAUGAAGACGAUUGAGAGAAUUUGUCUGGUUAACAUCAGAAAAGCAGCUAAGUUGCAGAAAAAGUUCAAGGUAGACGAAAAGCAGUUCUACUACAAAGUGUUGAAUACACUUGCAGUGGUUCCACAGAAAAGACGUGAGUUGUAUGAUUUUGCAACAUUUAAGAAGUCGCCCAUUGGAUACGUUCCCUUUUACGCAAAGCUACUUGCUGUUGGUGACAAAAAGCAGGCUGAUAUGUAUAUAUCACUCUGCUCUGAGCUCAGUUAUAAAGAAAAGGCCAGAUGCUAUUUAGAAUGCGAUAACUUCCGGGAAGCUGUCAAUGAAGUGUCCAAGAAGAGAAAUGUGGAGCUUCUAGAGUCAAUAAAACCUCUUGCGAAAAGCCAAACACAUCUCCGCUUGGUGACGGACAGUAUUGAAUCUAUAAAUGGUACAAGAAGAUUUGGAUAG